CACUCGUACCAGCAGGGGGCAGACGUCCUUCCUCAUUCAUACGGACUUUUUCCACAUCCUGUUGGAAAAACUUGUGACUGUGUACUUGUAGCUUGAUGUAGUUUACUUUGUAGUUCUUCGGAGUAGACAGUGUGAUUAAGAAGCAGUGCUCGCGGAAGCUGCUCGCGGAAGCAAGCGUUUUUGUUUUUGUGCUUUCAGUUUAGGGGGAGACGGUGUUUGAGACGCUACCGGAGACCAUGCAGGAACUCCGGGACAACCUGGCUGACUUGGCCGAGCAGGGCACGACCUACCUGGGCAGGGUGGUCGGAGAACAGACGCUGCUGUCGGUGCAGAAGGCUUUCUCUCAGGUCCUAGCUGUGGUUGCAGGCAGUGUGGCCGGUGCUCUCAAUGUCCUGCUCCCCUGCAUCUCACAGUUACUGCAGGCCUCUGGGAUCCAAGUUAGCCUCCCCACCAACAAAGUGACUCCAGAGGGCCUGAUCUUCGUCAUUCAGUGGGUCCUCGCAGCUCUCAUCUGCUACUGGCUGAUUUCUCUUGCCUUCCGAUUGGUUGCCUCCACUCUAAUGUCCGCCCUGUGGUUUCUGAAAGUCGGAGUCGCUUUAACCUGUUUUGUGCUCAUCCUGAGCGACUACAACGUGGGCACGGAGGUGAUGGCCAUCCGACUGGCUGUCCUGCUGUGUGUCUGCGUCCUGCUGGACGUUGGGACUUGGGGAGGUUUCAGUGCGGCUAAUCAAACUGCUCGCCUCGAGGAGCAGGUGAAGAUCCUGGAGAGACGGCUGAGGGAGAUGGAGAGGUGGACGAGGACAGAAGAGUGACGGAGAGAAUUUUCUGACAUCCAAGUCAAACGACAGUCGCCCGAGGAUCUGUUGUUCUUCAAAUUCACAGAAAGCAUGGCACAUUACAAACAGACUGCUGAGCGGGAGCAGAUGGCGCUCGUAGAUGAGCUGAAUGUAUGCAGCUCCCUCCCAGAUAGGCCCACAUAUUUGGAUGAAGUUUACUUUAAUGAGAAACACUUUCUCCUCUUCCACCAUUCCUCUCCCUAAACACAGUGCUGUCCCAGAGCCCAUCGCCUCAGCUCACUUCUGUUAGAUUUGCCCUGCGAGCAGCAGCUGGUGGAGGAGUUCCUGCGCUCGUUACACCACCAGCUGCAUCCACUGCCUCUGGCUCCUCUGUGUGUGGUCCUGUCGGAUCACAGAGACGUCACAAA